AUGACACCACAUAAAUCAGAGGGCCAAUCUGAGGUAUACCCAUCUCGAAUUGACCCAGUAGAACUGCACACCCACUCAGAGAGUUCAGCCGGCGCACAAGUGGGUGGAUUUAGUCGGAAAGGCACAGCGGAGAAUGCAAAGGUAGAGUCCAUAUUGCCAUCAAAAUCGUCGAUUGGAGUGAACGCUUUGUUCAGAGCGGAGUUGUAG